UUGGUGACUUAUUAAUCCCACCACUGACAGCACCAGCAGCAAGUAACAUAAAACCAGCGCAGGAGCGAGAGGCGAGGCGGAAAGAGGCAGCGGCAGGAAUGGAACCAGGCUCAGCAGGGGGAGAAAAUGGAGCUCAAAGACAGAUGGGAUCCCGAGGCAAUGGGAACCGAGAGGGAAACGCAUCUGAAGGGCCAACACAAGUUGUGGCCUUGGUCAACCCCUCCAAUGAACUCAUUGAGGAGCCUCGUUUCACCCAGGGCCAGGCAACUAACUCUGCAGAAAGCGCUGGCAGCCACCAUCGUGUUGUUGACUCUCCUGCUCAACCAAAGGAUACAAGUGAGGUGGAGCAAAGCACAGGCUCCCUGGGAUAUAUAAAUAGAGCCUACGUGGGAGAGCCUCCUCCGUAUUCACCACCAGAUCCAAAGGCAGUCCAUCUGUUCUACCCUUCCUAUGGGACACCUUUCACGGGACAAUUACCUGUCGUGUACCAGCCUGGAGCACAGGAUCAAGUCUUCUAUCAGAACCACCAAGCCCUUCCUGGCCCCUAUCCUUUCUCAAUAUAUAAUUACCCACUGCCUGGAUUCCAAUCAGCACAGGAACAGAGGAGGCCACCUAAGGAUUACAUGGUGGAGUCUGUUCUGGUCACUGUCUUCUGCUGCCUGCUGUCAGGAAUCCUGGCCAUCAUCUUCUCACACGAGACACGGAUGGCGAUUCACAGAGGUGACCAUGUUCACGCAGAGAGUACCUCGAGGAAGGCACGGAUGUUGGUGUUGUUCAGCCUGCUCUUUGGGGUCUUUGUUUCCAUUGGGUGGGUGAUAUACGUGGUGGUGGCACUUUACUUUGCUUAACGUGGGGUGGUGGUUGACGUGCUGGCCCCUUCUGGAGUUGGUGUGUCCUCCCACCAGGUGAAGCCCUGGCGCUUCGUGAAAACUUCGUCUAAAUAACACGGACCUGGAGUUUCAGACAUUUCUCUUUUAUACUUGUCCAUGGAACGAGGGCAUCCCCGGAAAGGUUGGUAAUUCUGCCCACCCCAGCUGGGCUGCCUGUAUGGACUGCUGCAGUCUGUGUGCUGAUGGUACUGGAGUCAACUCGCAGGACUUGGAGUCAAUGAUACUGAAGGAACAGCUAUUUCAUGCCUCAGCUGGGAAGCUGAGAACAUGGGGCAGUGGUGCUUCCCAUCAGCUUGCUCUCUCUGUCCUUCCAGACAGCAGAGGUGGGGUUUUGAUUGCAGGUACUGUGGAAGGAAGCAAAAGGGAAUUAAGAUUUAAGUGUUGGAACACGAUUAUCACAUUACCUUAUCUGUUCCCUUCUUGGUCCACUGUCUGCUGGAGAAAGUUCAGCUCCUGCUGUUGCCUCAGGAGCUCAUCACUGAGACACAAAUCCAGGUUUUAUUGAUCCAACUCAUAAUCUGUGAGACUUCCUGAUGUGAGCAGGGAAGUACGCUGCCGGAGUAUGUGUGCUCCUGUGAAAGGUCAGGUGAGAACUGAAUCAGUUGAUGCCCCUCUGGGUUGAAUGCCAGUGUGAGCCAGAGCCAGAGGAAACUGGACAAUAACAAAGUUAGAAGUUUUCUGAAGUAACCGGGAUCCAGUCCAACAACACAGCCAAGCGAGGCGCUGGUGUUGGGUGGAGACAAACCUGGUGUGUUUGUGUAGGGAUCAGAAAUGCAGACGUUGCCCUGCCUUGGGUUCCACUCCCACUGUCCCAACGUUCAUGUAUGAGACCAGGGAAUGGGGAUGCCUAAACCAUGGCAUGCCGGAUGUUCUUGGGUUUGCCUGCAAUGUCCCAUUUAACAUGAGGCCCAGGGAGCUGUGUGAGGUAGAAUAGGAUCCCACUCCUUCAUGUUGUGAAGAUUGUGGAGGAAGUGACCCAGAGAGAGGAUCACAUGAGAAGGUAGGGGUCAGGAAGUGUUGGGUAGAUGGUGAAGGUUGAUUGGGCAGAUGAUGGGGGCAGGGUGACUGAGGACAUCUCCAGUAGGGAGGGCAGAAGGAUUGAUGGGAUCAAUCAGUAACAGCGGGGAGUUAAGGAGAGAAAGCGGACUCCUCAGACACUUUGACAUGACGUGUAUAGUGUGGAGACCUUUAACACAGAAGCAGGCCUCAAGAGCCACUUUAGUAUUUGACACCUGCUCUGUACAAGGGACUUCAGCGAGCUAUGUGCUCUGUCACUUCUGGCUGCAACUUCAGCCUUAUUCUUCUGCUCCCAACCUGAAAGUGACCCCCGAGUUCCUGCGCUGGGACUGCACAAUAAGGACCACAUGUUAACAAUUCAUUGCAAAACACUUAAUGUUUGCUACCAUUUUGACCUCAAACAGAUUUGCAUAGACUUUUCCUUAUUUAUAAUAAAGAAGCAAACUUGCUCCUCUUGUGCCUUGAGUUUAGAAUUAGUUCUGGAAUUCUGGGUUCAGUUUAGAUUUAUUUUAGCACAUAACUUAUUUUAGUAAAAUAAGUCUACAAUAAAAUAAAAUAAUUCCUGAAAAACAAAAUAAUAAAAGUCCUGAAGGGCAGGUUGCUAACUGGAACAGAUACAUUGUGACUGCAAGCUAUGGAAUGACUCAAGUGCAUUGGAAUGGAGUGUGGGAUUGUGUGCACUGUGGUGGAAGGAGUGAAACUUAAUCAGUUUUUAAUGUAUUUAUCAGCACCUACUACAUGUGUGGAAGAUUUUAAAAGUAUGGAAUAAAAGAUGUAAUA